GUGAGUCAGUUAAGCAACUCCGACCUGCUGAGCCACGGAGACAGGGUACUGGUGAAGGCGAGAACGCCCAGAGAGCAGCUUUAAAGAGACACCGAAACGCCAGUACCUCCUAAGCUUGGCUUUCCUUCUGGCAGAAGGGAAAUGGCAGAGUUAAAGACGCUGCUGGCCUGAUGACUGCUCACACAUAUCCAGCCUGUGUUACAGCUAGCUCAUUCUUCCCCUGCCAAGAACUUUGAAGGGCCUACCCUCCGCCCACACCCAUCCUUCUUAUAUCUCUUCAAGAACUGUGUUCAGAUGGUGGCAUUUCACUCACCCAGGAAGGCUGCGCUCUCCCUAUCGUGGGCUAAAACCAACUCGCUUUUACGUUAGAGCAAAGGGAGGUCAAAUCCCACUCACCGUGGCAAUCACGCACUUUGAGGUCUAGUCCUGAGGGAGAAACUCCCAAUGGAGGCUCACUGAAUGGCUUGCGUGAGCGGAGACACAGAGUACAUUUCCGGAUUCGGGAACGAGUGUGCUUCAGAGGACCCUCGCUGUCCAGGUUCCCUGCCGGAAGGACAGAAUAAUCCUCAGGUCUGCCCCUACAAUCUCUACGCCGAGCAGCUCUCAGGAUCUGCCUUCACCUGCCCACGGAGCACCAACAAGAGAAGCUGGCUGUAUAGGAUUCUUCCUUCGGUUUCCCACAAGCCCUUUGAAUCCAUUGACCAAGGCCACAUCACUAACAACUGGGAUGAAGCUGGCCCUGAUCCUAACCAGCUUAGGUGGAAACCAUUUGAGAUUCCGAAAGCAGCUCAGAAGAAAGUGGACUUUGUCAGUGGCCUGCACACCUUAUGUGGAGCCGGAGACAUCAGGUCUAACAACGGGCUUGCUAUCCACAUCUUCCUGUGUAACUCCUCCAUGGAGAACAGAUGUUUUUACAAUUCAGAUGGGGACUUCCUGAUUGUUCCACAGAAAGGGAAGCUUCUCAUUUACACAGAAUUUGGCAAGAUGCUCGUGCAACCCAAUGAGAUCUGCGUCCUUCAGAGGGGAAUGCGAUUCAGCAUCGAUGUCUUCGAGGAGACCCGGGGCUACCUCCUGGAGGUCUAUGGCGUCCACUUUGAGUUACCUGACCUGGGACCAAUCGGAGCAAAUGGUCUGGCCAAUCCUCGAGAUUUCUUGAUCCCUGUUGCCUGGUAUGAAGAUCGCCAAGUGCCAGGUGGCUACACUGUGAUUAACAAAUACCAGGGCAAGCUCUUUGCUUCCAAACAGGAUGUCUCCCCAUUCAAUGUCGUGGCCUGGCAUGGAAACUACACCCCCUACAAAUACAACCUAGAGAACUUCAUGGUCAUCAACGCAGUGGCCUUUGACCAUGCGGACCCCUCUAUUUUCACAGUGCUGACUGCCAAGUCCAUGCGACCCGGAGUGGCCAUUGCUGACUUUGUCAUCUUCCCACCUCGCUGGGGGGUUGCAGAUAAGACCUUCAGACCACCUUAUUACCACAGAAACUGCAUGAGUGAAUUCAUGGGACUCAUCCGAGGUCACUAUGAGGCAAAGCAAGGUGGAUUCUUGCCAGGGGGAGGCAGCCUGCACAGUGCCAUGACCCCUCACGGCCCUGACGUGGAAUGCUUUGAGAAGGCCAGCAAGGCCAAACUGGCACCUGAGAGGAUUGCUGACGGCACCAUGGCAUUUAUGUUUGAAUCCUCCUUAAGUUUGGCCGUCACCAAAUGGGGACUCAAGACCUGUAGCUGUUUGGAUGAGAACUACUACAAGUGCUGGGAGCCCCUCAAGAGCCACUUUACCCCCAAUUCCAGGAACCCAACAGAACCUAAGUGAGACCGAAGCCUGCCACGAUAAUUGAGAAUAGAUUUGCAUGGUUUCCUUGAGAGCCUUAAACUCUCUGGUGGUAUGGGGAUAGUGAUUGAAAUGAGAGCUUACUGUUCAUAGUCAAGCAACUCAGAAUGUUUGUAGAAAUGCAUUCAGAAAUGUCUGGGGCUUUCUAUUGACUCAAUAAAUAUGUGUUCUGUGGAA